AUGAAUUCAACGUUAGAUAUUCACUCUCUCAAUGAUAACCCCUCCUCUCACAGGAUCAUCAUUGUUGGAGGAGGCAUAGUUGGCGCAGCACUCGCAUUCCAUCUUUCCAGUACAAAAGAACACCACGUUGUACUUGUUGACCGAUGCUUGGAGAAGUCACUUGGGUCUACAGGCCAUGCCCCAGGCUUUGUUGGUCAACUCAAUGAGUCAUCCGUCUUGACCAAACUUGCGAAAGAUACUGUGUUGGAGUAUCUCUCAAUUCCCGGUGGCUUCAGCCGUGUCGGUGGGUUAGAGCUUUCAUCGACACCAUCUGGUGUGGAAGCCUUGCGUCGUCGGCGUGACAUGGCACUAGCUGCUGACUUACCUGCUGAGAUUAUCACACCAGAGGCUGCCGCUGCUCUCGCCCCCGACUUCAUCGACCCAGAUUCGGUCAAGAUUGGGUUGCAUUUCCCAUCAGAUGGCACGGCAAACGCGCAGAAAAUCACAUCGUACUAUUUCGAUCAAGCUCGAGCUAGAGGCGUGGACUUUCUGGAGGCCACUGUAACUGGUUUCACAACAAGUCGCAACGAUGGCAAACCCACCAAAAUGACAGCGAUCCAAACAGCAGAAGGGCACAUCAACCUUGAAGGCAGCACCGUUAUUCUCGCCACUGGAAUUUGGACUUCGUCGCUGACAGACCCUGCCCACGGUGCCAAAGCCCCAAUCACUCAGCUUCCAAUCCCUAUUGUUCCGGUUGCACACCCUUACACAUUCACUCCAUCUCGGCCUCCCCGUGUUGGGAACGCAUAUCCGUUCGUUCGCUGGCCAGAUCACCACGUCUAUGCAAGGGACCAUGGCGAUCGCGACGGCCUGGGCAGUUACAACCAUUCUCCGAUGCAGUUGAAUCCAAUUGGUACAGCUAUCGGUACCUGGCCCGCAGAAUUUGAUCAAGUUCUGUCUGAAGCUACUUCACAUUUGAAGAAUGGACAUGAUUUCCAUUCCCGAGGGUGUGUGGAUGACUCGGACCCUUGGCUAUCCAAGCAGCCAUUCAAUGGAAUUUUCUCGGUAACUCCCGAUAACCUGCCGCUUGCAGGACGGGUGCCUGAUGUUGCAAAUUUAUGGAUGUGCGCUGCAAUUUGGGUUACAACUGCCGCUGGCACGGCGAAAUUGAUAUCAAGAGAGAUUCUUCGUGACAUUGGAAGUCCUUCUACCCCCGAAGACGAGCUUCUAAUGAAUGCUCUGAGCCCUGCCCGAUUCCAGGGCAUUGGGACGGAAAAUCUCACCCUUCAAGCUUUGGGGAAAUAUAACGACAUUUACAACCGAAAGAUAUAA